CCCCAGACGGUGCCCAGAGCCCCCCUCCCCCUCCUCCCCACCCCCUCCCCUCCCCAGCCCUGCCCUCCCCCUUGUCCCGGGAUCGCUCCGUCGCACCCACCAUGAUGGAAGACGACGGACAGCCCCGGACUCUAUAUGUAGGUAACCUCUCCAGAGAUGUGACAGAAGUCCUUAUACUUCAGUUAUUCAGUCAGAUUGGACCCUGUAAAAGCUGUAAAAUGAUAACAGAGCAACCCGAUAGCAGAAGGGUCAACUCUUCUGUUGGAUUUUCUGUUUUGCAGCAUACAAGCAAUGACCCAUAUUGCUUUGUGGAAUUUUAUGAACACAGAGAUGCAGCUGCUGCAUUAGCUGCUAUGAAUGGGAGAAAAAUUUUGGGAAAGGAGGUCAAAGUAAACUGGGCAACAACACCAAGUAGCCAGAAAAAAGAUACUUCCAAUCAUUUCCAUGUGUUUGUUGGCGAUUUGAGUCCAGAAAUUACAACAGAAGAUAUCAAAUCAGCAUUUGCCCCCUUUGGUAAAAUAUCGGAUGCUCGGGUAGUUAAAGACAUGGCAACUGGGAAAUCCAAAGGCUAUGGUUUUGUAUCUUUUUAUAACAAACUGGAUGCAGAAAAUGCAAUUGUGCAUAUGGGAGGUCAGUGGUUGGGUGGUCGACAGAUCAGAACUAAUUGGGCCACACGUAAACCACCUGCACCAAAAAGUACACAAGAAAAUAACACUAAGCAGUUGAGAUUUGAAGAUGUAGUAAACCAGUCAAGUCCAAAAAAUUGUACUGUAUACUGUGGAGGAAUUGCUUCAGGGUUAACAGAUCAGCUUAUGAGACAAACAUUCUCACCAUUUGGCCAAAUUAUGGAAAUAAGAGUUUUUCCAGAGAAGGGCUAUUCAUUUGUCAGAUUUUCUACCCAUGAAAGUGCAGCCCAUGCCAUUGUUUCAGUGAAUGGUACCACAAUUGAAGGACACGUGGUUAAAUGCUAUUGGGGUAAAGAAUCUCCUGAUAUGACUAAAAACUUCCAACAGGUUGACUACAGUCAGUGGGGCCAGUGGGGCCAAGUGUACGGAAACCCCCAACAGUAUGGCCAGUAUAUGGCAAAUGGGUGGCAAGUACCGCCUUACGGAGUAUAUGGACAGCCGUGGAACCAACAAGGAUUUGGAGUAGAUCAAUCACCUUCUGCUGCUUGGAUGGGUGGAUUUGGUGCUCAGCCUCCCCAAGGACAAGCUCCUCCCCCUGUAAUACCUCCUCCUAACCAAGCUGGAUAUGGUAUGGCAAGUUACCAAACACAGUGAGCUGGGACUCUAAACAAAAUUGUAAUUCAUGAUAGGCUUCAAUUUCUUGUGACACUCUGAAGACAUGAACAUAGACAUCGGAAAAUGAAAGUAUUUAUUUUAAAAUUUGAAAUGUUUGGAACCGUUAGCACAGCUUUGCUUGGGUGAAGGACACAUGUCUUCUAGUUCUGCCUUUUUAAGUUUUUGUUCAUGAUGGAUAUGAACAUGAUUUUUCUUUGUGUACAAAAACUAAAAUAAAGUCAAUAAAGACAAUUCUGACUACAAAUUUUGAUAUAAUAGGAGAAAUGGGUAAUACAUUUUGAUUCUUAGCUACUGUUCCAUUUUUAUCUUGCUGUUCAGUAUUUUAACUCACUGUGUUUUUAAAAGAGCAAAAAAGGGAGGAUCAUGAAAAACUGGGAAUCAUAUAAAUUCAUCCUGAAUCUUGAUACUCCCCUUCCUUUCCCUGAGGUGGACCACAUUUGAAGUCAACAGAAAAAGUGAUAUUCAGAAGAAAUGCAUGAUUUUGGAAUCGCUUUGGAGGAAAAUUUACUUUCUCUAUGGCUAAAGAAGCUGAAGCCAGACUGAAAUUUUGCAACUCAAAUAAGGAACAGUGUUGUCUGAGUUACUUGAGCAAAUGGUGGUCCACAUUUAAGACAUAUUUCUAAAACUUUAAAAAGUGUUGAUUAUUAAAACUGUAGUAUAUUACAUUUCAUUGAGGGGGGGAGAUUCCAAGUAUGGUGUUUGUAUUAAAGUCAAACAGUCAUACUUGAGCUUUUACAUGAAGUUCAAAUGAUAUACAUUGUAAAUACUGAAUAACUACAGUGUUUAAAAAGCAUGCUUCAACAUAGAAGUAGCAACAAUGUAAUUAUUUGAAAUAACACUUAUUAUACUCCAUUGCAUUGAAUGCAGUGGGUUGAUGAGGAUGUUUUAAGACUGACAUUUCCAAGGUUGGCUGUGUAAAAUUAAAAUGACUCAAAUCCUAUACAGAAAAAGCCUUAAUUUUAAUUUCAUACAAAUCUUAGUACAUUCUAAAGUGUCAUUAGAUUUUCUUCUUUUUUUUUCUUUGCAUUAUGUGGUAUGUAAAUACCUUGAUUAAAACCUUAAGACAGUUUCAAGAUUGCUAUAAGUUGUAUAGCACAAGUGUUUUUAAAAAAUCUUAGGGUGUUUUUAAAAAUUAAAUAUAUUUUGCCCAAGAAUUUUUUUAACAAUAUUGCUAAAACAUCUUAUUUAGACAGUUUGAUGUACCAGUUUAUAAUUGGAUGUUCGGUUUAAAUAGUACACAGAGUUGUGACUUAGUUUUUUUUCCUGUGGGAAGUGUGCAUGGGAUGAUGAUCCUGAACAGAAGCUUGAGUUGUAUGUGUGCCAUUGUAAAUGAAUCCGUUGGGAUACUGCAGAAUUUUGAGGUUUGCUUCCAAGGUGUUUUUCAGCCUACGUGGAUAAAAUCUGCCUCAAAUUUCUAUAAAACAGGAAUGUAAAAUAGAUAAAAUCCUCUGUAUUUAAAUUGUGACAGCUAGGGGGUGCACAUGUUUUGGCAGUGUAUUCAGAAAGUUGGCCUGAGCACCAAAUGAGAAAACAUAUUUUACAGUUAAGGUGCACCUGGAAUCUUCAAAUGGCCAUUUUUAAACCUUUGAAGUCUUACAGUUGACUUUAAAAUGAUUAUUUUAUAUAUUGUUGGUCAUAGUAAUUUUAGUAUUACUUUUGUCUUUUCCCUUUUGAGAAAUUCAGCCAAAUUUAUUCAUAAAAGUUAGUCUGAAGUUCCUCUUUAAGCCAGAUUUUUUAUGGCACAUUAGUUUGAACCGCAGCAGUUGUUGCACUCCUCUGUUACUGUACUCUUACCCUUUGUUUCUUCUGUUCACACUAUAUUUGGGAAAUGUUUUUUGAAAAGUUACUUUAUAUUUUGUAGAAAGAACAGUCAAGAAAUUAUGUCUCUGAAUUAAAAUUUUCAUGAAUAUUUUUGAAAUGUGAAGAACUAGACUUUUUCAUAAAAGCCUGUUAAAUUUUGUUUGCCUUUUUUUUUUUGCUCUGCCACUAAAUUAAGUGAUUUACUGAGAUAACAGCAAAAUACAACUGUAGUAUUUCCUAGUUGUAUGUAAUUUAAUAAAAUUAUCCAGACAAGUUAUAUUGCCAUAGUAAAUAUAUAACUGAAGUGUCCUUUGUUUUAAUCUGGAUAACAACAAGAUUUCAUGAUCAGUUAAAGUUAUUUCAUGUUAAACAGUUUCAAAAUACAAAGCUACUUACCCAAAUGGCAUAUACCAUUUAGGAAAUAAUGACUAUCAGGCUAAAAUAGACUCAGGCAAUUUUGUAAUACAGACUGAAGUCCAUGCUAUCUGGAUUCAAUAUAAUGCCAAGAGGCAUUGCUUUUUAUUUCCCAUGUUUAUUUAAAAUAGCAGAGACUCUUUGGCAUGCAAGGAAAUGUUUUUUAUUUAAUAAUUAUUUUGAGUUUUAUUUUGGUGAUGUGUUUCUGCCUGCCAUUUUCUUUGCUCAAAUCAUCUCUACCAGUAUUUCCCCCAUGCCAUUCCUACCUGAUUUUUAUGCCUGCUGGCAGGGAGAGGCCAACUAAAGCCAAAGCUGUAAACCACAGUUAAAGUCUUUCAAUAAAGACUAAACUCUAUAAGAA